UAUACAGCACUUGUGUGUAUCUCAAAGCGACAUACUCAGACUUUUCUGUAUCGUCGCGGCUUAUCGCUUCUAAAAACAAAAUUUCUCCGCUAAAAAAUAAACUCACCAUCCCCAAAUUGGAACUUUGUGGAAUAGUGUUGGGAGUCACUCUGGCUCAUAGACUUUUUCACAUCUUCAAGAAAAAUUUGAGUAUAUCUUCAUCUCAUCUCUUUGCUGACUCUACAAUUGCCUUGUCUUGGAUACUUUCUAAAAAACACAUUUGGAACAUUUUUGUACAAAACAGAAUUCAAAAGGUCAAUUCCUUGUUGGAAACUUUUCCUUGUGAUUUCCAUUUCGUCAGAAGUCACGAAAACAUCGCUGACCCCGCUUCCAGAGGGAUAAAUGUCUUUGAUAAUCCCCAGACCACCGAAGACUGGUUAUGCGGACCUAGCUUUAUUAGAGACAAUCCCAUCGAUUUUUCUCUUCAUCAAAUUCCUCAUUUUCAGGAUGAUCUUCCUGAAUUAAGGAAGUUAGUUGUCUCAAACAUAGCAACAAAUCACGAACUCAACGACACCUUUGAAAAUCUAUUCGCUAAAUCUUCUUCUUUUCGUAAAAUUCAAAGAAUUGUCGCUUAUCUUUUUAGAUUCAUCAGUAAUAUUAAAAAGAAAAUAAAUAACUCUCCACGAGAUACGGAUAUAUUGACGCCACCCGAAAUGGAGAUCGCUGAUCACGCGAUCAUCAGGUAUAUCCAAAGUAUCUACUUUAAAAAAGAGAUUCUUGAAUUGAAAAAUGCUAAACUCGUGACCAAUAAAGCCAUUCGUAAACUCAACCCCUUCCUACAACAUAAUGAUGGGCUGAUUCGUGUGGGAGGACGUCUCCGACACGCCCCCAUAUCGUAUAAUCAAAAACACCCCAUUCUACUUCCUUCUAAAUGUCGAGUUGUAGAACUAAUCUUGACUCAAGCUCAUCAUAAGUUAUUACAUUCAGGCGCGCAAACAGUACUUUCGUAUGUCAAAAUGAAGUACUGGCCAAUUGACGGAUUAAGACAGAUUAAACGCUUAAUUCGUAAGUGUGUAAACUGUUUCCGAUUCAUGACACCCAAUUCUGUUCAACAGAUGGCAGAUAUGCAUCCCGAUCGUGUACUCCCCACUAGACCCUUCCAAGUCGUCUCAGUGGACUAUGGGGGGUUCUUCUUAAUUAAGUCCUCACAUUUGAGGAAGGCACCGCUUUACAAAGCAUACGUAGCCUAUUUCAUUUGCAUGAGCACUAAAUGUGUUCAUAUCGAACUCGUCACAGGAUUAAGCGCAGAAGCCUAUAUUCUUACUCUGAAAAGGUUUAUUGCCAGAAGAUCCACGCCCAGUAUUAUUUGGAGCGACAAUGCCACAAAUUUCCAUGGGGCAAAAAAUGAAAUGCGCGAAUUCUAUGAUUUUUUCUUAAAUCAAAAUAAUUCGGAACAGAUUAAGGAAUUCUGUACUCAAAACUCCAUAACUUUCAAGAUGGGUGUUCCCCGCAACCCCCAUCAAUUCGGCCUCCAUGAGGUAGGAAUAAAGAGUGUGAAGUAUCACCUCUAUCGAAUUAUAGGAAAUUCCCACUUCACCUUUGAAGCGUUUAACACAGUAUUAUGCCAAAUCGAGGCUAUUCUAAAUUCGAGACCCAUCACUAGGAUGUCGUCUGACGCCAAUGACUUCGCUUUCCUAUCUCCAGCUCACUUCUUAGUUCAAAGAAGUUUAACCGCGCCCCCUGAACCAAGUGUUUCAGAGAUACCUGAAAAUAGGUUGAAUCUUUUUCAGCGUAUUAGUAAAAUUCAACAGCAAUUUUGGAAAUUGUGGAAAAAAGACUAUCUUUGCCUCCUGCAGCAAAGAAAUAAAUGGACCGACCCUACUGACCCUGUCAAGAUCGGGGAUUUGGUUCUGUUGAAGGAGGAUGGUACUCCUCCACUCUUAUGGCCAACUGCCAGGGUAAUAGAUGUAUUGCCUGGUAAGGAUGGUCUAGUUCGUACUGUCAAGAUUCACACUACUCACGGUGAUUUUCUUCGUGGUAUUACGAAAAUCGCUGUGAUUCCCCUGGAAGAUUAAAAUCUAUCCCUAGGGGGAAAACUUAUCGUUUUCCUCCAUUUUAUCGUUGUUACCCCUUGUGUAUAUAAACUCUAAUUUCUUCAAACAUUUCUUAUCGUUGUGCACAUCUUUGCCAAUCCCCUCUCUUCGAGGUGAUAUAGGCCAUCUCUCUCGCCUGUCGCCCCCGGCAAUAUGUACAAUAAAUAUAUUAUACACGGCUCACUAAAAUAAUUAGUUACGCCCCUGUACUACUGAUUACUUAAAAUUCAAGUAGUAUUUAUGUAACCUUUCUGGAAACUCCAGGUUAUUGUUGAGACUCGCAUUUGAACCCCUCGCCGGGGCAGAUCGUCAAAAGCUUCCUAACGAGAAUCAUCUCUAAUCUAUCGACGCUCCCGCUAUUCGUAAAAAGGCCGCAUUUUACCGGCUUUUUUUGCUAUCGUUUUAUACCGCUCAGAUAAUUCAAUCUGCUCAGUAUUAUCGACGAUGAUUUAUUUAGCGUAUUAGUGAGUGCCUUACAAAUGAACCAAAUGGAUUAUGGAAUUCAAUCAGAGCUCUGAUGUGACACGUCAUCAAGGAAUAAAACUGUAAGUACUCUACAUGUAUGUGAACAUAACUUAUUAGUCGUGAUACUGUAUGCAUUUUGAACCAUAUACCUCUCGUAGCAAAUAUUCUUUGUGCCAUUUAUGCAGAUAAUACUUUAAAUUACAUAUGAAAAAUCGUUAUCUACUCUUAACCAGCUUACCUAUGGGAAUAUACUCUAUAACCGUACAAUAAGUAUAGGUUACUAUUGUUAAGGAUACUUUACGUAUUGCCUAAACAGAAACUACUAAGAGGCAAA